CAGAAUUUGUUGGUUAGGAAUCCGUGGUUGACGCGAGUUCGCGCUGGAAUGUCCCAAUUUUUAGGGGCUUUUUAAUGCUCCCUCGAUUUCGUUGUGGUUUCAAUGAGACUGAAAAACUUUUGACGCUGAUUCGCCGAGUUUUCGCGGUACGAAUCGAUCCCGGUUUUUUUUUGUCAAAGAGAUUCUUUUAAACUGCGACGACUGCCGGGCCCCGGACACGUAAAUUACUCGGGUUUUCAAACUGUGAAGCUUUUUCGAAGUGAAUCUAUCCAUCGGCCUCUCUUCUGCCCCCACUCUUUGGAAUCCCCUCGUGUGCUCUGGCGCCGCGCUCGCGGGAACACGCUGUCGUUUUGAAACGUCAGUUGGGCCCUGCAGCGUGGUGGAUCGUGCGUCGUCGACUUCGUUCGAGCUCCCGCGGCUCUCGAGCGAUCCUCGCGACCGGUCAAUCGACUAUUUUUCUCCUUUUCGGUUUUCCUUCGACUCGAAACUCUCUCGAGGAAUAAUCGUUGCUUGAAAUCGAAUUGGAAGAAAAAAAGGUCGAGACGCUUGUGCUGUUUCGUAUUCACUUGAAAAUUUCCCGGUGAACUCACCGAGCGACGGACUCGUCGUGCUACUGUUUCAGUGCAGCAAUCGCGAUGUUUUUGUGACUAAAUGCCCGUGCUUUUGUGAACUUUUCUCCAACGUAUCUUUCGAGUUUUUUCUUCGUCAAACAAAUUCUCUGAUAAAGUGCACGCGCUUCUGGACGACGCUUCUAAUCAACGCGAAUUCUUGUGUAAAUAAAAUUUCAAAUAAAUCCAAUAGAAAUAACAGUGAUUCAGCUUACCAGUGAUUUUUGUUGCUAAACGGUUCAAUCGCACUUCCAGAGACUGAGAUAUUUGUGCUGGAAUCGGAGGUUAAUCAUCGAAAUGGCGAAUAUCGAGGCUUGACGAAAAUCGAUAAAUCCUCAAAACGUUUGGAGUCGCGUUACUCGAUGUGUGACGAAAAUAAUUCGGUCGUUAUUAUCGCCCGGUGAUAAAUCCGCGCUGAAAAAGUCACGCGUCCUCGUUUCGUGAGGAAUAAAUAUCGCGGUUUGCUUCUCAAUUGAGCACUUUUUACAGUAAGGGAAAUAAAGGCAGAGGUUGAAGAGUUUGCGAAAAAAAAUUAGGGAUUGAAUGGUUCCACGGGGGGUCUGCCUUGGGAGGUCAGACUGGGAUCAUCCGGAGCCGGAACAACGAGGCUUUUACGACUCGUCGCCCCCCCGGAUGGACGCCAGCGUGUGCUGCUUGCCCACUGCCGGCUCGGGGGCCCAGCAUCAAUCGCAUCAAGUUAACUUACCCAAUAUCGGACAAAAUACAGUGCAAACUCCUUAUCAAUAUGCCGAUCAAAUAGUCCCGGAUCGUGGCCAGCCCGACGCUCUCGGUAUCGUCGUUGCUGGCCAUCAUGACAAUUGGCAACAAACUUCUAGCAUUAAUUCAUUGAAUUCCAUCGCUUCGACCACCACCACCACCACUUACAUCGACUAUUCCUGGCUGCAGAUGCAGACAUCGGACCUGGACACCUUACUGUGCAGACAAGAUCUCGACCGUCUGCAGAAGCUUGACGAGGAUGACCCGGACAAAGUCACGAGGGAGCAACAAACAUCGAGCUCGAUGCAGCAGCACAUGGAGGAUUUUUUCGAGGGCGGUGGACCGGCCUGCAGGCCACAAGCGAGUUUCGUAUCCUCGAGAAGUCAGCCCGCUGGUAACGACGACGACGUUUUCCUCAGGCCGCCACUCUGGGAGGACAUUACCUCGAGCAUACAAAAACUCGAUCCAGCGAACGCGGAUAUGCUCGGUUCGCAGUCUCACGUCAAAAUGGAAACGGAGGAUCCGACAUCGCCGGUACUGUCUCCGGUCGAGAUAAAAACGGAACCUUUGCAACCGGCCCCGACACUUCACUUGCUCGAAGGCCGGGGCUCGACCAAUGGAAUGCCCAAUUUUUCUAAUCGCCAUCACAACGCGAACGAGCAACAUUCCAUUGUUCAUCAUCAAAAUAGAAAUUCCGGCCCCAAAGCUUUCUCCAAUAAUAAUAACAACAACAACAACAACAACAAUAAUAAUAAUAAUAAUAAUACCAGUAAUAUUAACAAUAACAAUAAUAGUAAUAAUAAUAACAAUAACGAAUCGACCAUCAGUCAUCACGCUAAUCAUCAAAACGGUGCUAACCCCAAUUCACCCAUUUACGGCUCCAUGACCAGACUCAUGUACGUUUCACCCCUCACACCGCCCAUCUCCGAUCCCGGAUCACCUCUCGGCGGACCACCGAGACGGACCCCGCCCCCACCGUACCCGCAACCCCAAUUGAUCAACAGCCAACAUCGUAUUCAACCUGGCGCUAUAACCAAAUUCAACCGACGGAAUAACCCCGAGCUGGAGAAACGACGGGUUCAUCAUUGCGACUUCAUGGGUUGUACGAAGGUCUACACUAAAAGUUCUCACCUGAAAGCCCAUCAGCGAAUACACACAGGCGAAAAACCGUAUCAAUGCCAGUGGCCGGAGUGCGAAUGGAGAUUUGCCAGGAGCGACGAGUUGACGAGACACUAUCGUAAGCACACGGGUGCGAAGCCUUUCAAAUGUGCGGUAUGCGAGCGUUCGUUCGCGCGGAGUGAUCAUUUGGCGCUGCACAUGAAACGUCACCUGCCGAAGCAGCACGCGAAAUGAGAUUGACAGGGGAUGGACAAAGAGUGAACCGUCAAAAAACCCCACCAAGAGAUGCGAAAGAAAUCUCGGGGCUGCGAGUCUUCUGGCAGUAUUUGGUGAUUUUUUACACUCGGUAGAGUGGCCCAUCGCGAGACGAUGGUAUACGAGAAUGUGAAGGGAAUGGCAAAAUACAUUGACAGAAAGGAAGAGUAGAGAAAGAGAGAAAUUUCAUGAGAGCCUCGUUGUCGUCAGUCUUCGAGACUUUCCGGAGACGAAUUUCCCACCUGCGUCUUGUACUUAAGCAUCAAAAGUGAUCUUCCAAAACGAACGAACUGAAAUAUUGAAAUGUGAACAACGUGAAACAAAGUAAGAGGAAUACGUUUGCGGUGGCUGGUCGACGACAGCGGGCUUCGUUGUUCUAAAACUCUCCCAAAAUACCGCGUUUCGGUUCAGAGACCGAGCCGCAACGACCGGUAGAUCUGCAAUAUAGAAAUGUAAAAAAGAAAAAGUAAAUAUAUGUAUAUUUGGGUGAAAAUAUAUGUAUAAGUUUAAGAUCAAAAAAGUACGAAGCGGUAUGCUGAGAGUGAAAAAAGGACAAAGAAAUAAUUCGCCUUUAAUCAGGAUACUAGCUUCAAACAGUUUCAGACAUAUCCAAAGACUUGAAGAAAAAAAAAGGAGAAAGAUUUCAGGGAGAUCCGAGGAAAAAACGAGUCCACACCGACCACUUUACGAGGGCGUUAGGAGCAUACGCAAACAAUGGAAACCCUUGCUACGCUAACAGGGCAAAAGAAUCUGCGAUUGAAAACACGAAAGAAAAAAUGAAUGAACGAAAAAAAAAUCAAAGCGAAAACAGAAUUAAUGAAAUUGUUAAUACCUUAAGCGUGAAAUUAACUGUCCUAGUCGGAGCAGAUGUUCAAAGAUAUAUUUACAGCUAAAGAUAAAAUUUCCUCAAUGUAUUCAUUUAAAAUAAAUAAAUAAAAACGUAAAAUUACAAAGUUGUGAACAAGAAAAAGAAAAAAACGAAAAAAAAAAAACAUUAAUUAACGAUACUGAGCUAAAUUUCCAUUAGAGAACCUUUGGAAUAUCGAGUGCCUUGAGCAAAGUGUGAAAUAGAAAGAAAAUAAAUAAAUAUGUACGAUUUAGACUCGAAUAUGUUUUAACUCUACGAUAUUUAUUGUACUCUCUAAUGUAACUCGUGUACUUAAAGAAGGAAAAUUGCAUCGAAUUUCGAGCCUCGGUUUUCGAACUGGUGCCUUUUUUCAUAAUUAGCUCCGUCCCGACGCGAUUCUGCCCACAAGAGAAACAACUUCAGAUGUACUAUGAAGCACUAAAUUCAAUAAAGCCUCUCAAUUAACUUAGAUUCGAUGGAACUUGAGCCUGAAAUUUAGUUUCACAAAGACGUAUUUUUUUUAUGUUAAUUUUUUUUUCGUUUGUCAUUGAUGAAAACAUGGUCGGUCGCGCGACAACGAGAAGGGCGGAUGAUCCGAGUACAAAUAAUGAAAUUCAAGCACGUGUAAAGUUUAUUGUUGUUUCACAAAAGACACAGCGGUUUUUUAGAAAUAAGGAUUUUAAAAAUAAUAUAAAAAUGAACAGUGUCCGCGUUUCGUGUUCAGCAAAAUAGGUAGCGACAAGACAUUCGUAUAUUUUAGGUAGAAGAAAAAAAAGGCAAAUUCUCUGACAAGUAGGUAGGCCGAAUUUCGAAAGAGGGAUCACGAUAUUUCGGUAUUUCGUUAAUUCUUCGUUCGUCCAGAUUUCUACAUCGGGAUCCCUCUUUAUAUUCGUAAAAACACCGAUAUAAAAUAGUUAUUUGUAUUUGUAAGAUAUCGCUGAUGUGUUUAGGAUUAAGUUGUAUAACAAGUGAACAUAAAAAUACGUGUAUUGUAUCAUGGAAUACUUAUAUUUAUAUAUAAAAUUAUAAUGCGCAAUAGAAUUUUACUUUUUUAGCAAAUUUUUUAUUUCAAUUCUGUUCGAUUAUAAUUAUCGGAAUUUUUCAUGGCACGUUCGACAAGCGUCGAUCUCUCGUUUCAACUUUUCGUUUUUAUAUAUGCGUAUGGUUUUAAAUACCUCCGAAAGUAUUAUAAAUUACUUUGUUUCCAAUUUUAUGAAUUUACGAAAAUAAAAGACAAAGAAUAUAAAUAAUGCGUUCAGAA